AUGUGCGUUUUCAGCUCCAGUUAUUUCAUCUCCGCCUAUCCGUACUCUGUCUACCUAAGCCUAAUGCUGGAUACGAACCAAACAGAACCUGAGCGGAGAGAGCAAAUGAAGUUCAAGUGUAUCAGCGACUCCGGUGAAGUCGCUGACUCUGCUGUUGUUGGAAUCGACGGUGGACAGGACUGCUCAUGGAAGAAUUAUUACUUUAUCUGCGGAUUCUACAACCCACUCAGUACUGUCCGACUGGUUGAUGACCAAGUAUUUGGCCCUGAGAUUACCGUGAAGCGUCCAAUUUAA